GAGAGCCUGUGCUCGUCUCAUCUCCUGUCAGACGACAUUGCACAACAACGGUCAACUUCGGCCUGUGUUGUCAGGGAGUGUCAUGUGACCACGAGGGGCGGGCACAACGUUGUCUCGGCUGUGAAUACAGAGCUGCUGUGGAGUCUUCCUGUAUCAGGCUUCAGGUCGGCUGUAGACUUACAAACACAAAGCACCAUGAUGAAACAGAUUGUGGACAGAGCAAAGCAGGCAUUUAACACCGGGAAAAACACGCUCAUUGGAUUUCCGUAUUCAGCAGCUCCAGGCUUUCAAACGGAUGAUCAAUGAAAAUGAUGCUGAGAUUCGAAAAGCCCUAAUAGCAGACUUGCACAAGAAUGAAUUAAGUAGUUACUCAUAUGAAAUAAUGGGGCUCUUGGGUGAAAUUGAAAUGGCUCUCGACAAUCUUCCUGAAUGGGCAGCACCCCAACAUGUCAAAAAGAAUUUACUGACCAUAGCAGAUGAUGCGUUCAUUAACCAUGAGCCCCUUGGUGUUGUCCUGGUCAUUGGAGCUUGGAAUUACCCACUUGUGGUUUGCUUGCAGCCUGUCGUGGGUGCCAUUGCAGCAGGUAAUGCUGUGGUGAUCAAGCCUUCUGAAGUCAGUGAACACACAUCCAAACUGUUGGGGAAAAUUAUCCCUCAGUAUUUAGAUAAGGACCUGUACCCUGUGGUGAAUGGCGGAGUGCCAGAAACAACCGAGCUACUUGCAGAAAGAUUUGACCACAUAUUUUAUACAGGCAAUACCGCUGUUGGCAAAAUAAUCAUGUCAGCAGCUGCUAAAUACCUGACUCCGGUGACUCUUGAGCUGGGGGGGAAGAGUCCGUGUUACAUUGAUAAGGACUGUGAUAUUGACAUUGCUGCCAGACGUGUAACUUGGGGAAAGUUUGUCAAUUGUGGUCAGACUUGUAUUGCUCCUGAUUAUGUCCUGUGUGAGAAGUCAGUCCAAGGUAAACUACUGGAGAGAAUCAAAGAAACUCUAAAAGAAUAUUAUGGCGAAAACCCCAAGGAAUCAUCAGACUAUGAGCGGAUUAUUAACAAGCGCCACUUCGAUCGUAUUCUUGCCUUGUUAGAAGGACAAAAGGUUGCAAUUGGAGGGCAACAUGAAGAGAAAACAUGCUAUAUAGAGCCAACUGUCCUGGUUGAUGUUAAAGCAGACUCAAAGAUCAUGCAGGAAGAGAUUUUUGGCCCACUCCUUCCUAUUAUAACCGUGCAAAAUGUAGAUGAAGCCAUUCAGUUCAUAAACCAGAAAGAAAAGCCUCUUGCACUUUAUGCAUUUGCAAACGACAAAAAGAUCAUUAAAAAGAUAAUCUCUCAAACCUCAAGUGGUGGAGUAACUGGAAAUGAUGUCAUUAUGCAUUUCACAGUUGUUGAGUUGCCUUUUGGAGGUGUUGGACAUAGUGGCAUGGGUGCCUAUCAUGGCAAACACACAUUUGAUACCUUUUCCCAUAAGCGAGCAUGCCUCAUCAAGUCUCUAGGUAUGGAAAGUGCAAACAAGCUCAGGUAUCCCCCUUAUUCUCAGAAGAAAUUGGAUUGGGCCAAGUUUCUACUAACGGUUAAGUUCAGCAAGAAAAAACUCGGUCUUGUGCUCCUCCCAUUGGUGGCAGUGGUGGUAGCUAUCGUUUUAAAGGUAAGAUUUUAG